CCAAAAACAGACCGUUGGGAAUUUACAGCUGCUGAGUUUUAUGAAGAAACACGCAACUUUAUUCAAAUAUUAAAAGCCAUGGCUUUGCCUUUUCUACCCGGGAAUUCUCCCAAUAAACAGCUGUGGAAAGAAAGUUUUCAUAAAUCUCAGCAUUUCGCUGUUUCCGACGGAGUCCCAAUGCUGGUGGGAUUGGAGAAGCCGGGCAUUGGAGGAGAGCUGUUAUAUGGCCAGAAGAUUAAACCAAACUUUUCUGUUUACCCCAAAGGACAGGGCAGUGAUUUACCAGCAUGGGUGGCCUUCGACAAACAGGCUCUGUGUUUUGAUGCAUACUUCCAGGAAGCCGUGCCUGAGGCCCAAACUGAGACGUACAGGAUCAGGAAGUGUAAAAUCUACUUCUACUUGGAGGAUGACACCAUUCAGGUGGUGGAGCCAGAGUGCAAGAACAGCGGCAUCCCUCAAGGAAUAUUUAUUCGUCGCCAGCGUAUCCCCCUGCCUCCACCGGAUGAUGACCAAUUCUACAAUAUCUUUCAUUUCAACAUCAACCAACAGAUGGUGCUGCACUCACGCGCUUUCACUGUGACCGACUGUGACUCUUUCUCAAGGAACUUUCUCACCAGACUGGGAGUGAGUGUAAAUGACAGUAUAUCUGUACCUGAUGACCCCUACAGCAACUUCCGGGAACAGAUUGAAAAAAGUAUGAAGCCUCUUCGGCCGUAUGCGAGGCGCGACACUUUGAAGCAGUUCUUGGACCACGACUGCAAAGUGCUGCGCUUCUUCUGCUUCUGGGACGACACAGAGAACAUGUUCGGGGACCCCCGGGAGCUCGUACUGCACUACUACCUGGCCGAUGACACCAUCGAGAUCAGAGAGGUUAUCUCAGAAAUCCCUGGGAGAGGUACUGUGCCCAAAUUCCUGCACCGCAGCAAACUACCUAAGCUUGGACCCGCCCAACUGAAGCAACCUGGAGAGGUGACGGACCGCACAGUGCUUAACGUGUUCGCCUCAGCAAGUCAGGGAAAACGCUUCAUACUGGACAGUCUCAAACCUUCAGGGGUCCAGAACGAAUUUUACAAAGACUGUGAUCUUGCUGUGGGACGGGAGGUGAAUGUGUGGGGCCGCAGAGUGCUCAUCACCCACUGUGACGACUUCACCAAAGAAUACUAUCGCUCCAAAUAUGGCACAGAGGACUUCACCCCAAUGCAAUACAAAGCCCCCAAGGCCCCUAAGCCCCCAAGGAUGGUGCCCCCCUACAACGGCUUCGGCUCAGAGGAGGACUCUCUGGUCUCCUGCCAGAGCCUGCUGCCCAAACCCCCCAAGAAAGAUUUCCACAAAUUUAUGGAGAAAGACAGAUGUGGCCUAGACAGUCAUGUGCUGAAUUUCCGAGCCAAGAUGUUGACCAGGGAUCCCCUCGACAGAGACAGGAUGUUCAUCAUCUCCUUUUACCUUAGUGACGACUCCAUCAGUGUGUUUGAGCGCCCGCAGAGGAACUCAGGUUGGCUUGGUGGUAAAUUUCUGGAACGUGGUCGUGUGAAGAAGCCGGGUCAAGAGCGGUUUAAGAGUGAGAUGUCCAAGUACUUCACCGCUCAGGAUCUGUACGUUGGUGCCACCGUCUGCAUCAACAAUAGGAACUUCCAGCUUCUGGAUGCUGAUGAAUACACCUUUAGCUACAUGGAGCAACAUGCUGAGGAGUUCCCCAAAGCAAACGUGGGAAACAUCAUCAGUAAAGUACGUUCGAUUCCUGAGGAGAAACAGAGCGAGAUCAGGAAGUUCCUAACUCUCAGUGACCCUGGCAAAGCUGGCGUCAUCCCCUACGAGUCGUUCAGGGGUCUGUUGACGGGUCUGGACUGCGGCCUGUCGGAGCACGAGGUUCUGGUUCUGGGCCGAAGCUUCUCGGAGCACGUCGAGCGGCCUGCGGUGGACGUGGGUCUGAUGCUGGCUGUGGCUCAAGACUUCCUCAAGAAGAAGCCCUUUGAUGAGCUCCCGGCCAUGGCCAGAGCGUUCACACACCAAGACCGACACAAAACUGGACGUCUCUCCACCAAACAGACGAGGACCAUCUGCAAGGCCGUCCACCUCCCUCUGCCUGACAAGCUGCUGGGAGAUCUGCUCAGCAGGUUUGCAGACGGGGACAAUAUCGACUACCACGCUUUCCUGGCUGGUCUUAGCUGGUUAGAGAAUCCGAGUCCUCCAGUAAAGCCUGAAGACACCUUAAAGUUUGACCUGAAUGUGAAGUUUGAUGCUGGAGAACCGUCAGUGAAAAAUGUCAACUACUCAUCACUCCUGAACGACGUCUUCGGCCAUUCCUCCAACAACGCUGAUCUAACAACCACCAUCCCGUAGACAUCAAGAGGGAGGUGAAACAGAUUCACCUCACACGUAAAUACACACACCUCUUGUUCAUUAAAAAAACACUAAACAUCAGGUAUCUAGUGUCUGAGUUUGCGUUGUGUGCGGUGAUGGUGAUUUGUAAAACUACAGGAGGGCGGGACGUGAGCAUAAGUUGAAAGUUUGUUUACUUGUACGUGAAUAUUUUGGCAGUAAUGGUCUGCUCAAACUUAAAACAAGCCAGUAAAGUGGAAAAUUUAUGCUUUAGGGAGGAAAAGUUCUAAGAACACAGAUGCUUUUUGAUGUGAGGAUGUGUGUGUGUACAUGAGAGUUGGUGUGAAUCCCUCUGAGACACAAGGCGUUAAGCAAAAACAUAUUUUAGCUGUGCUCACAUGUAAUGAUUUCAGACUAUUACAGUGAAUCCUCCUGCUGAGCUGAUAAAGGGAGAAACUUAGAAUGAAUGAUGUGCACUGUAAGGUUAUGUGUACGCUGGAUUUAAGACAGAAAACAACAGAUAUCACUGAGCUGCAAUGAGUCCAACAGACAGUUGAUCCAUGUCACCUCUUAUGAAGGCAGAAUCUCACAAGAUUUCAC